AUGAUGGCUAUGGCAACAAAUACCAGAGAACGUUGCAAAUUCGGAGCAACAUGUAAACGACGUGCAACUUGUCGAUACUUACAUCCAAAAAACGAACACGAGUGCAAGGCGUUUAAUUUUUCUUCAACUGAACCAGAUUAUGACAGUGUACAAUGGCCAAUUGGUUCUUAUAAUAAUUUUCAACUUGACUAUGAAAGUCAGCAAGCUAAUUUACAACCGUUACCCUGGCAAUAUUCUACCAAUCAAAAUCUUUCCUAUACACAAAGUCAACUAUCUCUUUCUUCUAGUUUUCAUUCAGUAGAUAAUAUAUCAGAAAUAUCCAAACAACAUCAAUCACUUAUCGUCGAACAACAAAGAUUGCUUGAAGAUCUGGAUGAUGAUGACGAUAUAAAACUUCAAAAAGAGAGAAAUCUUCAAGAGUUGAAAGAUCAGUUUGAAAUAUUCGAACAAACAAUAUUCAAUCUAUCCACUUUUAAUCCAUUGACGUUGGAAGAAGCUCAUUAUCUUUUAAACAGGUUGAAACGAGAAAUUGGACGUCUCAAAGCUCGUUUACCUAUCUAUGCACGACGUCAACAAUUGAUUGAUACAAUCAAAUCCAAUCGAGUAAUUAUUCUUAAGGCAGAUACGGGAUCAGGUAAAAGUAGUCAACUAAUUCAAUAUUUGACCGAUGCUGGAUUUGCAGAUCAUGGACAAAUUGUGUGUACUCAACCACGACGUUUGGCUGCACGCGAAUUGGCCUUGCGUGUCGCCAAAGAAUUCGGUUGUCAAGUGGGUGAAGAGGUCGGUUGUCAUGUCGGUGCUUGUCGCCCAAAAGUUUCACGCCGAACUCGAAUUCGUUUUGUUACCGAUGCCGUUUUAUUGAACGAGUACCAAAUGGAUCCAAUGUUACGUACUUAUGCUAUAGUUAUCAUUGAUGAAGCGCAUGAAAGACAUGUUGAUACUGAUCUACUCUUUGGUGCCAUGAAAUUAUGCUUAAGCAAGCGUCCUGAUAUCAAGUUAAUCGUCAUGUCAGCAACACUGGAUGAUAAACUGUUAAGUAAAUAUUACCAAAAUUCAUGUGUAAUUGAAGUUUCUGGUCGAGCAUUUCCUAUCAAAGAUAUUUAUGCUAUGGAAGAUGCUGAAAAUCAUGUUGACGAAGCAGUAAACAAAGUUUUAGAAAUUCAUACUAAUGGUAUUCCUGGUGACAUACUUGUUUUUCUUACCGGUCAGGAUGAGAUCAAUCAAGCUAUCGAUAAAGUUACGAGAAAACUUGACUCUUCAGAAUCGGUUCUUGUUUUACCAUUGCACGGUAAAUUAAAUGAAGAUGAAGUACAAGCCGUAUUUAUGACCAAGAAUAGCAAAACACAACGCAAGAUUAUCUUUUCAACCAAUGUGGCUGAAACAUCAAUAACCAUUGAUGGCAUUCAACAUGUCAUAGAUUCGGGUAUGGUUAAAGAAGUCAUGUGGGAUACUAGACGACAUAUACGAGUACUCAAAAUUGGGUAUACAACGCAAAGUUCAAUAAAACAACGUCGUGGAAGAGCUGGACGAACGUCAUCGGGAACGUGUUAUCAUCUUUACACAUAUGAUACUUAUCAAUCACUAGAAGUUUGUUCGCGUGCAGAAAUUCUUUGUAUUCAGCCGAGCAUAGCUGUGCUGAAACUAAAACAUCUUGAUAUAGUCGAUGAUAUUACAAAGUUCGAUUGGUUAGAAUCACCUUCGAAUAACAGUCUUCAAGAAACUGUUAAAAGUUUAACAUGGCUGGGUGCAAUCGAUUCAAACACUGGAAAAUUGACUGAUUUAGGUCGUAGUAUGGCUAAAUUCGGCCUUGAACCUAUGCUUUCAGUUAUGAUUUUGAUGGGACAAAAGCUCAACUGUCUUAGUCAUAUACUUGCUCUUGUUGGUAUGCUAAGCGUAGUACAGAAUAUCUGGUGGCGUGGUGAAAAUGAUGAAUCAAAACAUAUGAGUAAUGAGAUACGAGCUUCAUUCACUCGAGAUACAGACAUGGGUGGUGAUUUCAUCGCUCUUUUGCGCAUAUUUCUCGAAUGGCAUGCAAUUGGCGAAAGGAAAGAACGUAGAAAAGCUUGGUGCCUUAAGCAUAUGAUACGAUGGAAGUCAAUGACGAUGGCGAACAGUCUCAUUAGAGAAUUAGUAUAUCAAAUAGAUCCUAAAUUUCAAGUUCAUUUGACUGAAUUGAACGAUGAGUUGAUCGAACGAAUUGUACGCUGUGUAUGUGCUGGUUUUUUUCAAAAUUUGGCCAUUUCAAAUGGACCAAUUCGUGCUGGAUAUCAACUAGCUACUGGUACAACAGAUACAGUUGCGCACAUACAUCGAUCAUCGGUAAUUACCUUUGCUCAACAGCCGCCCAAGUUUAUACUCUAUCAUGAAAUAAUCAAUAUUAACGAGACAAAUUAUCUAACUGUAAUCUGUCCGGUUGAGCUCGAUUGGCUUAAUAAAUCAUGGUUGGAUUCAUUACCACGUUCACCUUCACAAUGUGUAUUUGAUAGUUAUACGUUCAUAAAUCUUGGUCCGGCAUUAUUACUUGCACUUGUUGGAAAAAAAUGUAAAAAAGUGCCACAACUUGAAGAGCAAUUGCAUGUCUUGUUUGAAGUUGAUCGUGCACAGUCGAAACUUAUCGUCUGGGGACAUCCAGAAAAACUCUCCAAUGCCCAACAAUGUCUUCAACAAAUUUUGAAUAAAGAACGAGACAAGUUACGUAACGAAUUGCAAGAAUUCCAAAUUGUUGGUUCGACUAGAAUAUUACUCGGAGCUGGUGCUGAACCUCGAUUAGUAUUGGUAGAGGAUGAAUACAUCAAGAUCUUUCUCAAAAAUUUACCAAAAAAUAUCACUGAAAAACAAAUUCAGGAAAAGUGUGAAUUAUACGGACAAGUUCGAAAUGUGACCAUGAUUCGAACAAACUAUAAUAGCAUCUCGGCUUCUGUUACCUAUGCCAUAUGCCGCAGUGCUCGACUAGCGGUUACUCAAUUAUCAUGUGAAAAAUGGAAUGGCUGUCAAAUAUAUGCAAGCCCUAGUUAUACGCGUACAUCAGUCGAUACUAACAAGCAGAAUUACAAGUUGAAAGCUGAAUGGUUUAUGACUGAGUCUGAAUGUAAUGGACGCGUAACAUUUAAUAAACUUCAAGAAGCACAACGAGCUUAUCAAGUGUUUACAGAUCGAUGCCAUUUUCGUUGUCAAUUUGAAAUAAAUCCCAUCAAUCCAAUGGUUAAAUGUUCUUGGCCAUUGAAACCGCAUCAUGGUCACGCUAUUGUCAAUUUUUCAACAGUUGAACAAGCUCAAGAGCGUGAAUCAGUUUUUAUUGAACCAUAUCAACAUGAUGGUCGUGUAGUAGCCUAUGUCCAAUUUACUGAUGAACAAGAAAUGCGAGAAGCCGUCGAUGAAAUUAACGAUAGGCAGACUUCGGUCGGUGCUGGUUUAUUAAGAUUAUCCAUCGUUCAACAACAACGACAGACAAACAUAAGAAGAAAAACAAAUGAAAACAAACAAGAUGAAUUUCGUGUCAAACUUUAUCAAUUACCAUCUCAUAUCGACGAAAGAUUACUCAUUCGAGAACUCAAUCAGUAUAAUAUUAGCAAUUCUAUAACGUAUGCAACUGUGUUCCGUAUUGAAAUCCGUUCACCGACCGAAGAUGGCCGUGCUGUUGCAUACAUUCGUUUCAACGAUCCACGAGAUAUUAUGACGGCGAUUAACAUGUGUGAUUCAUUAGAUAAUUUUACUAUGAACAAUGUUGGAGUAAAUCAACUUUAUUUUGUUCCAAUCGUUGUGCAUAGAAUCAUGGUUAAUCAAGCACUUGCACAAGUCAUCGAUAAAAAAAUUGAACAAACUAUGAAUACUAUCCAAACUAGUCAUAAUUUUACCAACAUAUCAGUAUUCAAAAAGACUGUUAUGAGAGAUGAUAAUACCAAUGUUCUUAUUUCGAUUCGAGGAACAAAUAUUCAACAGCUUUACAAAGCACGUAUACUUUUCGAUAGUUUAUUGAAAGGCCUACAAUUUCAACUUUACAAUCAUUCAUGGGUUACGGUACUUUUCGAUGCAGCAGGACAAAAUUUUCUUCAAGAUCUUCAAAAACAUACUGGUACAUACAUUUGGUGGAAUUGGAAGUCGACAUUGUUGCGUAUCUUUGGUGAAGAUACAGUAUGUCAAGAUGUUUAUAGACAGAUAGAUACUUUCAUUCAAACGACACUUUCACAACGUGAAUAUUCUGUUUCAAUCUCGAUUCCAAAAGGUAAGCUCGAAACAGAAGUCUAA